AUGGCCGGUCUCGAGGAACGGCAGGUGGUGACGGGCGUGGUUCGUCCAGCGGAGGUUGAAGAGUCGCGGGUGAAGUUGCCGGCGUUUGGCUGCGAGCAGGAGUUGGUGCAUAGCGUGGUUCACAACUUGGUGACGGUGGUGACAGGCGGGACUGGUUGCGGGAAGAGCACGCAGGUCCCGCAGUUUCUGCUGGAGGCUGGAUUUAACUACGAAUACGCCGGUCAGCGACUUUUGGUGGGCGUGACACAACCGCGACGGGUUGCAACGCGUGCGGUGGCGAACCGUGUGCGGUAUGAGUUAGGCAACUAUGGUCGUUACGUUGCCUACCAAGUGCGGCAUGAGUAUUCGACUGCGGCAGAAGAGUUGUUACGGUUCAUGACUGACGGCGUAUUGCUUAAAAUCGUCCAGCACGAUUUUUUGCUGCGGAACUUCAGCGUCAUCGUCCUCGACGAGAUCCACGAACGAUCCGCCAACUGCGACAUCCUGCUCGGCAUCCUCUCCCGGGUAGUGCGCUUGCGACACGACCUGCACCAGCAAAAAAAAACCAACCUUCCGCCACUAAGACUCCUACUCAUGAGCGCCACUCUACGACUUGACGAUCUCGAAAGAAUCUUCCUACCCAGCGGACAGACCGACCGAGAGAAGGCCGCUAGCGGAUUGGCCGUGGUCAACUUGGAGGCGUCCAUGUUCGAGGUCACCGUUCACUUCAUGAAGCAGACACCCAAGGACUACGUGAAGGCCGCCUUCACCCGAGUCAAGCAAAUCCACCGCAAGUUGCCGUCCGGUAGCAUCCUCGUCUUCCUUACGGGACGCGAGGACAUCCGGCAACUCAUCCACUUGCUCCAGAAUUAUGAUAAACACCGCCGACUUCGAGGCCGGCCGCGAGGGCGGGACCGGCCGCUUCGGGAACUGGAAGCCGAAGACCCGUCCCGGGACUCUGCAUCCGGUGCCCCUCAUACGGUGGAGGACCAAGCGCUGUGUCUCAACGACGAUGAAAGCGAAGCCGAGGAAAGCGAGCGGGCGGUGGGCGAAGGGGCGGAAGGCGAGACUGGGGAAAGUGAGAGUGAGGAAAGUGACGCCGGCGACGUCAGUGACGCCGGCGACGCCAGUGACGUCGGCCAUGCCAGUGACGUCGGCCAUGCCAGUGACGCCGGCCAUGCCAGUGACGUCGGCCAUGCCAGUGACGUCGGCGAAGUGGAGGAAGGAGCGAGUGCGGCGAAGCGGAGGCGCUUGGCCGUUGGGUCCGGGCGGAGUAGUAAGUCGGGGGCGGAGGGUGAUACGUUGACCGGGGACGGUUUGUUGGACGCAGCGGGGCGUGCAUUGAGUGGUGGUGGUGUGGGUUGUCGUUGGGAGGGGUCGGAUGGAUCAGGAGGUUUGCGUGUAGUUCCGUUGUAUGCAGCAUUGGAUCCAGAUUUGCAGCAGGUGGCAUUUGAGGGGCCGAGUGGAGAGGAGCGAGUGGUGGUGGUGAGUACGGACGUAGCAGAGACAUCUGUUACGUUGCCGAACAUUCGUUACGUAGUGGACGCGGGACUGAGUCAACGACGCGUGUAUAAUGCGCGCGGUAGCUAUAGCGUUUUUGAACGUCGCCGUGUCUCUAAAGCUGCUGCCGAACAACGUGCAGGACGAGCUGGACGUCUAGGAUCCGGUCAUUGCUAUCGUCUCUACUCGAGCGCUGUCUUCCAACAUGAUAUGGACGAUUACCCACCCGUUCAACUUACUGAACAACCUUUAGACGGAACAUUACUCUUCCUCGCUAACCUGGGAUUACCCUCGAUACAAGCCUUCCCCUUCCCCACCCCACCACCUCUCACAGCCAUACAGGCUGCCAUGGAACGGCUGGCCAAAUUACAACUUGUGCAUCGAGUAAAAACACGAGACCGACAAAGCAGGCAAGAACGGCUUGACUGGCGUAUCACAACCAAGGGAGAGAGUGCAAGUAGAUUCCCCAUUCAUCCAAUCUACGCCAGCAUGCUAACCAGGAUAAUGCAGGUUGCGAGACAGGCAAAAAAACCGGCCCUACUUACGACGGGCGCUCUAGCAGUGGCCAUACUAUCUGUCGGCACGGAGCUGCUUGUCAACCCGGCGAGCAAGUCGGAAACCACAGACAACGCGGACCAAGUGAGCAACCAGUUGGAGGCAGGCGACGGGACUCGGCGGCGUCGAGCCGGGGUUCUUCUGGGAAGCAGCUUGGACGGUUUGCUUGAACGCUGCCUGGACGUAUGUCGUUCUCGCGAUGUGAAGGAGGCGGCAGCAGUUGCGGGUGUUUCAGUGACCCAGUUCAGAGAUGUUUUGGCGCUAGCCACGCAGCUGCUGGACCUGGCGGGGGAGGAGUCAUCAUCGAGAGAGCAUGAUGGAGAAGAGUCGGAAUCGAGAAAAGAUUCGUUGCCGAGAGAGUUGAUGAAUGAGUAUGUGAAUGCUGCAUAUAAAAUCGAGCAUGCAGCUCCUAGGUUCAUCACUGCUGGCUGGCUGCUGCGACAUGGGACACUGUCUCAAACGGCCUGCAUCUGGCCGCACUUAUUCGACACGCGUAUGUUGUCAGCAACCAAACUAUGCAUCCAGUUGGAGCUGACCAGUCUGGAUCAAAUAGCAGUUAAACUCAGCUUACACAAACCUCUCACGGAUGAAGUACUUUCUAAACUAACUAAGGACGACUUCCGGAAAUAUCAACACUCAUACAUCACCCAAGAAUACGGCACACGAAACACUUUCAUCAUCGCCAAACAGAAGGGACCAUUACCAGACCUUGUCACCUACACCAAUGUAGUCCAGAAGAAACACACUUGGGAAUUACAACUUACCAUGUCCAUAGACCAACCAAUCCAACUUCAGCAAUUACUCAGACACAACUCGAUAGAUUCACAAAUUCUUAAUGAUUAUAUAAAGCAGAAAACCUAA